GUGUGAAAAGAGACAUUAAGAUCAUGACUUUCGAACAAGAAGCGGUCUUUGAUAUUCCACAAGAGGCAAUAUCUAAACACAACACAAUGGUGGACCUUCUUAGUACAGAAUUAAGGAAAAAUGAAUUAGAGCGACUUACAAAUAGAUUCAGUCGAGAUCCAGUAGUCCAAGCCGACAUUCAUAGAAUUCGUAAUAUUUUUGAACUGUUCGACCAGCUUAUGAGAUAUACUGUUAUAGAUUAUGGACGAUAUGACAGACUCGUUUCUGUACUCAGGAAUAUAAACCCCAAGGUGUGUAAGUUAGUGGAGAGCCGUGGACAGGAAAUUUGGAACAUCAUACAUAAAGGCAAACACCGGACUCCUGAUACAGCUUUACCAUCGACAUUAUGUUGUGAAGAUAGCGACACAACAUUGACGGGCUACAAGGGACAUGGUAAGUAUCGUUUUUAA